AUUAUUUUGAUGAUUUUUAUUUAAUUUAAUCAAAAAAUAUUUUUGUUGUUUUUUCUUCAAAGAGAAAAAUCUUUAUUGGUGUCCGAGAAAAAGGAAAAAUCUUUAUUAAAAUCAAGGUUCCGUGUUGGCUUAAUCGCUGGUUGCCAACUCGAUCAUCAUCUACCCAACGCUACUAUCAUUCAUCGCUACCUUUUCAAUCUUGACAUUCCCUGCUCUGAUCUCUAGCCUCCGCCUCAGAUCUGAAACCGAAACACUGUAAAAUUUAGGGUAUAGGGAAGAUGGCGGCGAAGACGGCCAGAUCAAAAAGCACAUCGACGAAGGAAAACGGCGUCAGAGUGGAGGAAGGCCUGAGUCUGUUCAAGUCUGAUAAGUUCGACGCUGACGCUUAUGUUCAAUCCAAAUGUUCUAUCAACGAGAAGGAUAUAAAGCAGUUAUGCUCUUAUCUAUUGGAUUUGAAGAAAGCUUCUGCCGAAGAAAUGCGGCGGAGUGUUUAUGCUAAUUAUCCAGCCUUUAUACGGACAUCAAAAGAGAUAUCAGACUUGGAGGGGGAGCUAUCAUCUAUUAGAAAUCUUCUGUCCACUCAGGCCACUCUAAUUCAUGGCUUAGCGAAUGGAGUUAACAUUGACCACGAUGGAUCUCCCGCAAAUGGUGCGUUGAAUUUUGAAGACAACGACCUCUCUGAUCUGGAGAAAUGGGCUGCAGAAUAUCCUGACCAGCUUGAUGCUUUGUUAGCUGAAAGAAGAGUAGAUGAAGCUCUGGCAGCUUUUGAUGAGGGUGAACUUUUGAUAUCUCAAGCCAACGAAAAUCACACUCUAAGCUCUUCUCUACUUUCAUCUCUUCAGUUUGCUAUUGCCGAGCGCAAGCAAAAACUAGCUGACCAACUUGCCAAAGCUGCAUGUCAACCUUCGACUCGAGGUGGGGAACUUCGUUCCGCAAUAACAGCUCUCAAAAGGCUUGGCGAUGGUCCUCGAGCCCAUACUGUGCUUCUUGAUGCCCAUUUCCAGAGAUAUCAAUACAACAUGCAAAGUCUUCGUCCAUCUAGCACCUCAUAUGGAGGAGCGUACACUGCUGCGCUUUCUCAGCUUGUUUUCUCUGCUAUCUCUCAAGCGUCUAGCGACUCACUGGGAAUCUUUGGGAAGGAGCCAGCAUAUAGUUCUGAGCUUGUUACUUGGGCAACUAAGCAAACAGAGGCGUUUUCCCUUCUUGUUAAAAGGCAUGCAUUAGCAUCUUCCGCAGCAGCAGGAGGACUGAGAGCCGCGGCAGAGUGUGCACAGAUAGCUCUUGGGCAUUGUUCUUUGUUGGAAGCUCGUGGUUUGUCCCUCUGCCCAGUGCUUUUGAAGCACUUUAAGCCUAUUGUGGAACAGGCAUUGGAGGCCAAUCUUAAACGCAUUGAAGAAAACACUGCAGCUAUGGCUGCUGCAGAUGAUUGGGUGCUGACGAAUCCUCCUGCUGGUAGUCGUCAUGCCAGUACAGCAUUUCAGAAUAAGCUUACAUCCAGUGCCCACCGCUUUAAUCUGAUGGUCCAGGACUUCUUUGAGGACGUAGGACCUCUUCUAAGUAUGCAGUUGGGAAGUAAAGCGCUGGAAGGUCUGUUUCGAGUGUUCAACUCAUAUGUAGAUGUGCUGGUAAGAGCACUUCCUGGUUCGAUGGAAGAAGAAGAAGCAAAUUUUGAAGGUUUUGGUAAUAAGAUUGUCCAAAUGGCUGAGACCGAGGCGCAACAACUUGCGUUACUUGCAAACGCAUCAUUGCUAGCUGAUGAACUACUCCCGCGUGCUGCCAUGAAACUGGCUCCUCUUGAUCAGACAAGUCACAGGACAGACGACCUAAGGAGACCUUCAGACAGACAAAAUCGUAAUCCUGAACAGCGAGAAUGGAAGCGGCGUUUACUUAGUACUGUUGACAAGUUAAAAGAUGCAUUUUGUCGCCAGCAUGCCUUGGAUCUCAUUUUUACCGAGGAAGGAGAUAGCCAUCUGUCCGCGGAUAUGUACAUAAACAUGGAUGGAAAUGGCGAUGAUGUGGACUGGUUCCCAUCUCUGAUAUUCCAGGAACUUUAUGCGAAACUUAACAGGAUGGCAAGUCUAGCAGCAGAUAUGUUUGAAGGAAGAGAAAGAUUUGCCACUUCUUUGUUGAUGCGAUUAACAGAGACAGUGAUCUUAUGGCUUUCCGGAGACCAGAGCUUCUGGGAUGACAUUGAGGAAGGACCCAGACCUUUGGGGCCUCUUGGCCUCCGGCAGCUAUAUUUGGACAUGAAGUUUGUCAUAUGCUUUGCAUCCCAAGGUCGCUACCUAUCGAGGAAUUUGCACAGGGGAACUAAUGAGAUAAUAACUAAAGCCUUAGCAGCUUUCAGUGCAACAGGACUGGAUCCAUAUAGUGAUCUGCCAGAAGACGACUGGUUCAACGAGAUAUGUCUGGAUGGAAUGGAAAGACUGAGUGGUAAAGCAAAAGGCAACAAUGGGGAAGUCCACAGUCCGACUGCUUCAGUGUCGGCCCAGUCUGUUUCAUCCGCGAGAUCUCAUGGCAGCUAUUAAACCGAUCGCAUCUUUCAUUUGUAAAGAAAGUGAGUGGUAAUAACUUUCGAUCUUCUCUUCUCAGCUCUGCUUUUUUUUUUUUAUAGACUCAGCAAAUUAUAUGAUAUGAUGAGACAUGAUUCUGGGGUUUGUAAAUGUGGUUGUGUUGAAUAUGUUCUCUUUUAUUGAUUCUCUUAUCUGCAUCGUUUGGGUUAUGAAGUAAAGAGUAUUGAUCUUUAGUCACUAA